GUCACUGGCUCUGGAUGGACGAGUCCGUCUUAACGCGUUGUUUAUUCUUCUCAUCAACCUGUGUAUCACUUCUUUUCCAGUAGACAAUGAGCGAAGAGUAUGAUUCACUUUGCUUAGGAGAAAGUCCGCCGAACCCGACACAUCCCUGCGCAUAUGAUGCAUUUCCUGGUUUUCGGCUGAACAACGCAUGCGGAUCAGCGGAGAGGAUUGAAUGAGCGAACGCAGAGGAGAGAGCAACUCCUGAAUGCUGGGCUUCCGAUUAUCCGAUCGUCAUUACGGAUCUAGCAAUCGAGGAAUAAUCCGUGCAUAAUAAAAGACAACGUGCCAGAGGGACUAUUAAAGUGGAUCUUGAAACAGAGCUGCUGUCUCGAUUGUGAAGGAAACGCAUCAGCUGGCUGGACUGCAUGGCUCCUUUCGCACUGACACUCAUCCAACUCUGAUCUUUUAUAAGCGGCAUGUGUAGGUACACAAGUAUGAAGUAAUGUCAAUGGUGACUCACCCUUCUGGGCUACUGGUCUAAUACACGAUUGCUUCCGUUUGUAUCUUAAUCAACUGAGUAUUUGCGUCAGAUCAGUGAAAUUAAUGGAACUUGCGCUGAUAAUGUGAGGAGGCUCCGCUGAGCUCGCAUCUACCUCGGUUAUCUGUGCUGUAUUUUCUUGGACUGUGUUGUAUUAAGAUUGCUGUAUAUCACCCACCAGCUGUCAAACUUUGCUGGAGUCGGAGGACGACGUAUAAACAGGAAUCUAGCUGUAUUUCAUGAUUUGAUACUUGAAUUAAUUUGUUGACUGACAAUGAAGAAGUUCUUUGACACCCGCCGGGAGAUGGUGGGCUCCGGGCCCGGUUCUGGAGCCGGUGUAGGCGGCAGCGCGGGGUCCGGCAGCGGCGGCACUUUUGUCGGACGGGUUUUCACCGUAGGACGGCAUCAAGUCACCGUGGAGGAAACAGUGGCGGAGGGUGGUUUUGCCAUUGUAUUUCUGGUAAGAACUCACCAGGGCCUCCGCUGUGCGCUGAAGAGGAUGUAUGUCAACAAUGAAUACGACCUUCAAGUGUGCAAGUGGGAGAUUCAAAUUAUGCGGGAUCUUGUGGGUAACAAAAACAUAGUUGGCUUCCUGGACUCCAGCAUCACAGCAGUGGGUUCAGGAGAUGUUUGGGAAGUUCUCAUACUCAUGGACUUCUGUAGAGGUGGGCAGGUAGUGAAUCUGAUGAAUCAGCGUUUACAGACGGGAUUCAGUGAAUCAGAGGUGCUGCAGAUCUUCUGUGACACUUGUGAAGCCGUUGCACGACUGCAUCAGUGCAAAACUCCCAUCAUCCAUCGGGACCUCAAAGUAGAAAACAUCUUGCUGCAUGACAGAGGUCAUUAUGUGUUGUGUGAUUUUGGCAGUGCCACUAACAGAUCCCAGAAUCCUCAAGCAGAAGGUGUGGCGACUGUAGAAGAGGAGAUCAAGAAGUACACUACUCUUUCAUACCGGGCCCCAGAAAUGGUGAAUCUCUAUGGGGGGAAGGUUAUCACUACCAAAGCAGAUAUAUGGGCUUUAGGCUGUUUGCUGUAUAAGUUGUGUUAUUUCACAUUGCCGUUUGGAGAGAGUCAGGUGGCCAUUUGUGAUGGCAGCUUCACCAUUCCAGAUAACUCUCGCUACUCUCACGACAUUCACUGUCUUAUUCGUUACAUGCUGGAACUGGACCCUGACGUAAGGCCUGACAUCUACCAGGUGUCAUAUUUUGCUUUUAAACUUGCAGGGAAGGAAUGCCCAGUACAGAAUUUCCAUAAUUUAGCCAUUCCAGCCAAACUCCCAGAGCCAAUCAGAGCCAGUGAAGCUGUGGCCAAGAAGAGUCAAAACAAGGCCAGGCUCACUGAUCCAAUCCGCACGACUGAGACUUCAAUAGUGCCACGGCAACGACCCAAACCCGGCCAGGCUCAACCAAUUACAGGCAUCCUGCCCAUACAACCAGCCCUCACGCCUCGCAAAAGAGCCAGUGUGCCCACAGGACCUGCCCAGCCAAUCAAUGUUAAUAUAGCCGCCCAGCCUGUUGCUCCUGGCCAAUCACAGAACCCUCAGCUUCAACAGAUUCCUGUUCCUCCGCAACAAGCCAUUCCCAAUCCAAUACAGGCCACUCCCUCUCCAUCUCAGACCACACCCCAGCAUGGACAACUUUAUGUGCAACAUCAAACUGCAGCUUUCUUUACUGCUCAACAACAGUCUGUCUCUCUGAGUCAUGGGGCGAAUAAAGUAGGCUCUUUGACUCCUCCCUCUUCUCCUAAGAAUGCCCCAAAGGGAGGGCACAGACGAAUUCUGAGUGACGUCACACACAGCACCAUAUUUGGAGUUCCUGUAAGCAAGUCCACUCAACUGCUUCAAGCCGCCGCAGCUGAGGCCAGCCUGAACAAGUCCAAGUCAGCUAGCACAACUCCCUCUGGUUCUCCAUGCUCAUCGCAGCAGAGUGUUUAUCAGUCAGGGGAUGUGCCAGGCUCCACGGCUGGAUCCGCAGCAUCCUGGAAUCCCUUUGGUGAUGAUAAUUUCUCUAAACUCACAGCUGAAGAGCUGCUCAACAAAGACUUUGCUAAACUUGAUGCUAAUACAGCAGAAAUGGCCUGUUCUGAAAAUCUGAUUCCUGGGUUUCAGCCUGUAUCUUCUAAUAAAGGAUUUCUCCAGGGACCAGUUGGGAUGGAUUCUCUGAUUCCUGGUCUGGACCCUCUACAGACUGAACCUGGGUCAGCCACACUACCAGAAUCCUUUGUAUCAGGAGAUUCUCUUUUGAAUGGUCCUCUUCUCUCUCACCCGUACUCUGGGGCUCAAAUACUGGCUUCACCCCCCUCGUCUAUGGACCAGUUUACCCCUGUUGCUCUGAGCAGUGGACAAUCCCUCCAGGCCUCUGAUCCGGCUCACUUCCUCUCUGGCUUCCAGUCCACUGGGACUGGGGACCAAAGCUCUGAUAACCAGUUUGACCCAAUUCCAGUGCUUUCCAAAACCUCCAGUCAAGGUGGUCAUUCUCACAGCAACAGUGGCAGUUCUGAGACCAGUCUGCCUUCUCUGACACGCUCUCUUCUGCUGGUGGACCAACUCAUCGACUUGUAGAGGAAACAGAGAGAGAGAGAGGGAGGGAGGGAUGGAUGGGGCAACUGGGGAAGGUUUAAAUACACUAACAGAGUUUAGAAACCUCAACCUUGGGUAGUCCAUAAAACCCUAGUUGUCUUCUUCCAGUUGACCCUAGAGGAUCCUUUCCCAUAUUUUACUCUGGCUUUCUGUUCCCAUUUGCUCUGAUUCUGCUGACCCAGAAAUAUUCUCACGACUCCAUCGUUGAUCAAUCCUUCACUUAACCAAAGAUAAUUUAUAUUCCAAAAAUGUACAGCUCAACUAGGAUUGAUAUGAAGUGACAAAAUAUUAAAUAAUUUAAAUAAGUCAAAAUGUUCUCACUUUUGUUCAGUUCUACAAACCCCUGUGUAUGUCCUCUACAGCCUUGCAAUGCAAAAAACCUUGUUAAAUCAAUGGAUUUGCAGCAUUUGUUGAUACAACCUAAACUCUAGCAUGUAAGCAUGCAUAGAAAGCCAAAAGCAAAUGUCAGGAAAUCUGAAAAUAAUUGCAGUCAUUUAAAAGUGAUCUUAAAAGUUUCCCAACCUACAUUAUGGGAUUGUCCUUUGGCCAGUCCUAUAAAAUUGUGUGUGUGUCCUAUAAAGAUCUAGACAUGCAGUAGUAGCUAUAAACAGCAGCACACAACAUUUUGAAAUGCAUUCAUGUACUCUCUCAUAGCUCUAUAGAUUCUUAAGACACUUGUAUUUAAUUCCUGUGAUUUUCAUGAUUAGUUUCAGUCAUUCUGUCUCUUCCCCCUCCAUUCAUUUGUUAAUUUACUUGUUCACUUCUUCUCCGCUUCUUUUUAUUUUGCUAUAUCUCACUUAUUUGUGUCCAUGUGGCAAUUGUUACACUUGCUACUACCCCUAUAAAUAAAAGAUUAUAUCGGGGGUAAAUGCGAGUGUCUAUAGUAUCAAUGUAAGAACUGAGAAUCUGUAUAAAAUGUGUGUUAUUAUUAUGCUAUUUAUUAUAAGAUAAAGAUUAUUUAUCUUUGUGUAAGGCCACAAGAUCUAAUGUUUGUUUUUGUCAUUUUGAAAUUUAUUUUGUGUCUGUGGUUCUCCUUUGUUGUUCUUCUCGGGGUCUUUCAUGUGAAGGAUGUUUUGGAUAGACUUGAAUAUUUACUGUAGAUAGUGACAUCACAAUUUUGCUGAGAUUCAGUGUUGAAUAAAGUUUGAUCCAUAAAGCUCUAAGAAAUGUAGAUACAGAGUGUUGCUUGCUAAAAAAAGUAAAGACUAACUUUCACGAGGAUAGGGUGUUGGAAGACAAUCUACCUACAGUAGCACCAGUUAUUUUUGAGUGCAUUUUACGAAACAGUCAAGAAAUGAUAUGCUCAUAUUUCACCCAAAAAUCGAAAGAAAUCUAAUACAACCAACACAACAACCUUUUUUAUUACAUUAUUUUCAUGACAAUGAAGCACCUCAACCCAUUAUUCAAUAUCCAAUGCAGAAGUAGAAGGAAAAAUCUCAAUCUUUAUUAUUUCGAAAAACCUCCCUCUUUUUACUGUAAUAUGGAAAAAUCUCAUUGUCUUUACUGUAAUGCAGGAAAAAAUAACUAUAUUAUAUAUUUGUAAACAAUUUUAUACUUAGAAUUGUAAGUAUACCAUAUAUACACAGAUAAGCCACAACAUUUAAACCACCUGCCUAAUAUUGUGUAUGUCUCCCUCGUGGUGCCAAAACAGCGCCAACCCACAUCUCAGAAUAGCAUUAUGAGAUGCUAUACGUCUCAACACAAUUGUACAGAGCGGUAAUAUACAAUAUUAGAAAGGUGGUUUUAAUGUUGUGGCUGAUCGUUGUAUAUAUUUAUUUAACAUAAAAUUAAUGAGAAUUAGAUUGUUUGGUGAAAAUACUUAGUUGUCCUAAAAAUAGGAUUCAUUUUGUUUUGUAUGGAAAUUAAAAUGUCAUAUUUUUCGAUUUUCAGGUGAAAUAUGAUGAAAACGUUUCUUUUUGAGGGUUUCGUUUUAGCCGUUACUUUCUCUUAUAAGCUUGCUAUUAUUAAUCCUAUUCAAUUAAAAAUAUAAGAAGAUAUGUUUAUUUCAUGUUAUCUGUUUCAUUACAUUGAGCCAGAGCCCAUGACGGACAAAUACUCCUGAGGUCUUGCCUGUGAGAGAUAAAACCGAGUUUGAUUCAUUCUUGAGAGAACAUUCCCAAAGCAGAUGCACACAAAUGACGACAAUGUCAUGUUGUACAGACAUAUCAAAGAUAAAAGAAUAUAUAAUGUCUAUAUGUACAUGGCAUUUUCAUAUUUGAAUAUGUGGAACAUUUUCAUUCAUUUCUUUUGAGAUAUAACUGCAUAGAUGCAUCGGUAGAGCAUUAUUGUAUAAUGAUACAUUUAUAUAAAGGUUUUCUAUGUUGUCCACCUGGUAUAUUUUUCUUUUUCUUUUCCCUGCUUAUCUUUUCUUUAGUCUUUACCUGUGCUGGUUUAAUGUGGCUAACCUAUGCAAUCUGACUGUAGUGCUUUAUAUUACUCUUAGAAAUGCACCUAGUGGUGUGGCAAAAGUAGUCUUGUGUUGUGCAUAAUCUUGCAUUGCAGUGUGUAUGAUUUACAGUCUAUAUCAGGGGGUACAGUAAUGACGACGACCAAUCUAGACCAAAAAAAAGGUCUUCUCCAUACUGGAAUGCUGUCAGUUCAUAUGCAUUUUUGGAAUGAUGCAGUGUGUUCAUUUUUAUUUUUUAAAGGAGAAUAUUAAAUAAAGGUGUCGAUAUAAAUGGA